AUGGAGAGCAUCAGUGGUAUGGGGCGCACGGAGCUGCCCGCCGGGCGCCUGCACCAAGGCGGCGCUGACCGUUAUGGCGUGACCCCACCGUGGGGGCGGAAGGGCGGCCCUCAGGCACACGAAGCAGCGAUCCCCCCGCCACCUGCCCGCCUUCCGGGAAAAGGGCUGGAAUACGGCCGCACCCGGCGCGCCUGCCUGGAGGAAUGGGACCCGCCUCUCCCGCCUGUAGCCAACGCAAACGGCACCAAGCGCAAAGGGAAACCGAGCAGCAGCGAACAGACGCUGCCGGGACUUGUAUUCGGCAGGCGGUCACCUCAAAACUACACUUCCCAGAAAACCCCGUGCUCCGGGCGCGCGGCGCGAGGGCACCGGCGGAAUGCUCCCCGCUGCUACGUAAUCCCGCCCGGAACGCGGCGCCGCGCUCCACUCUCCCCCUCAACGACCCGCGCCGGGUUUCCGAGCCGCGCUCCCGGCAGGGCGGCGGCAUCCCCGGCCCCGCGGGCAAUGGAGCCCGCGCAACAGCGAGCAAAUGAAGCCCCAUCGGCGGACAGCGGGCGCGGGGAUCCGGAGAGCAGCUCCCCGUGCAGGAAGAAUCAGGCGGCACCUGGCACGGAAAGCGGCGUAGAACCGUCUGGCGGCGGCGGGCAGCUGGACGGCAAAGGAGUCGGCGGCCCGCGGCGAAGGCGAGGGGUAGCCGGCGGCUUCGCUCCCUCCACGGCGCUGGCGGCCAACGGGACUCCGGCGGCCCCCGGCGGGGCCGGCAACGCCAACUCCCUGCUCUUGCGGCGGGGAAGGCUGAAGAGGAACCUUUCCGUCGCCGCCUCCUCGCCCGCUGCUGCCCACGCCGCCUCGCUAGGCACCCGCAGCUUGGACAGGAAAGCGCUGCUGCUGAAGCCACCCCGGCAGCUGCAGCCCCUGCAGCCCCCGGAGCGGGACUGGGUGCGCCGGGACCUGCAGCGGGGCUGCGUUCACGUCUACGAGCGCCACAUGAACUGCUACAUGCGCCCGGUGCUCUGCACCCUAGAGACCACGGCGGCUGAAGUGGCCGCUCGGCUGCAGCAGCUCGGCCACCGGGGCGGCAGCAGCGUAGUGCGGGUGUUGGGCAAGGCGGGCGCGGCCCCGCAGCCCCCACACGAGCAGCCGGCGGCCUCCGCCGAGGCGCCUCCCGAGCCCGUGGCGGAGGGACAGCGGCCGCAGCCGGAGGAGAGGCCAUGGAGCCGGCGAGGGACGCGGAGCGGUCUGGCCGGAGGAGAUUUCGGGGAGGCAGCCCGGCCCGGCCGCUUGCUGCUGGGUGGCAGCACCGAGGAAGGUGACUUGGCCGGCGGCCGGCCGAGCCCGGCACCCUCUGACUUCAGCCCCGGGGCGCCGCCGGCCGAGCUGUACCUGGUGGGGCCGCCGCUUUCCUGCCCCUCCCUUCUGGGGGAGCUGGGGCCGGCCGGCUCCGACACCGAGAGCUUCAGCCCUAGCGCCGAGAGCGUUUCUGACCGGCUGGACCCCUACAGCAGCGGCGGCGGCGGAUCGUCCUCCUCGGAAGAACUGGAGGUGGAACCGGUGCUCCCUGACGGGGUGGAAGCAGGUGCGGGGCCGGGCCGGGGCCUCUCUUGCCCCGCGGAGCUGCCCCCAGGGCGGGCGGAGGGGGCGCCGGCGGGCGCGGCCGGCGGGCGGGAGCUACCGGCGGGGGCCGCGCCGGCGGGGCCGCCCGCCUUGUACGUGCAGCUCCACGGUGAGACCAGCCGGCGGCUGGAGGCCCACGAGAAGCCGCUGCAGAUCCAGAACGACUACCUCUCCCAGCUGGGUUUCCGAGACCUGUGGCGGGUGCAGGAGGAGGGCAUGGACUCGGAGACCGGCUGCCUCAUCCGCUUCUACGCCGGAAAGCCCCACAGCAUUGGCAGCUCCGAACGAAUUCAGCUCUCAGGAAUGUACAAUGUUCGAAAAGGGAAAAUACAUUUGCCAGUCAACAGAUGGACAAGACGCCAAGCUAUCCUUUGUGGAACAUGCCUAAUUGUCUCAUCAGUAAAAGAAAGCCAGACUGGGAAAAUGCAUGUCCUCCCUUUAAUUGGUGGAAAAGUGGAAGAAGUGAAAAAGCACCAGCACUGUUUAGCGUUUAGCUCUUCUGGACCUCAGAGCCAGACCUACUACAUUUGUUUUGAUAACUUCACUGAAUAUUUGCGAUGGCUUCGACAAGCAUCAAAGGUUGCAUCACAACGCAUAAGCUCAGUGGAUCUUUCAUGCUGCAGCCUGGAGCACCUGCCUGCCAACCUGUUUUAUAGCCAAGACCUCACUCAUCUCAAUUUAAAGCAGAAUUUCCUGAGGCUAAACCCUAGCCCAUCUACAAGUAGAGCACUUAGUGAAUUACAAAGAUUCACCAAGUUGAAGAGCCUUAACCUUUCCAAUAAUAAUUUAGGAGACUUCCCAGUGGCAGUCUGCAGUAUCCCAACCCUGACUGAACUCAACGUGUCCUGCAACGCUCUCAGAAGUGUUCCAGCAGUUGUAGGCGAAAUGCACAACUUGCAGACAUUUUUACUGGAUGGCAACUUUCUCCAGUCCCUUCCUGAUGAAUUAGAGCAUAUGCUUCAGCUCAGCUACGUGAGUCUGUCCUUCAACGAAUUCACUGACAUUCCAGGGGUGCUGGAGAAACUGACUGCCAUGGAUAAACUAUGUAUGUCAGGAAACUGCAUGGAGACCAUGAACCUACAGGUGCUAAAAAGGAUGCCUCAUAUUAAACACGUGGAUCUAAGAUUGAAUUCAAUUAGGAGAUUGGAGGCCGCUGAAAUAGAUUUUCUGCAUCAUGUGACCCAACUGGAUCUCAGAGACAAUAAGCUUGGGGAGUUGGACGCAACGAUUUUUAACAACGUCGAAGUGUUACACUGUGAACGGAAUCAACUGGUAACCCUCAAGAUCAGUGGAUAUUUUCUCAAAGCACUGUAUGCUUCCUCAAAUGAACUUGUUCACCUUGAUGUGUAUCCAGUUCCUAAUUGCCUGGCUUACAUGGAUAUUUCUAGAAAUCACCUGGAAAACCUGCCUGAGUGGGUGUGUGACAGCAGGAAACUGGAAGUAUUGGAUGUUGGCCACAAUCGGAUACGUGAGCUGCCUGCCCGGUUGUUUUACAAUAGCAGUUUACGUAAGCUGCUGGCUGGACAUAACAUGUUGGGAAGGCUACCAGAUCGGCUCGAGCGAAUGCAAGUGGAGGUCCUGGACGUGCAACACAACCAGCUCCUUGAACUGCCACCUAACCUGCUUUUGAAAGCAGACAGCCUGAGAUUUCUUAAUGCCUCUGCCAACAAACUGGAAAUGCUUCCUCCAGCCACUCUUUCUGAAGAAACCCAUAGCAUCUUGCAGGAGUUGUAUUUGACCAAUAACAACCUCACAGAUAAAUGUGUACCCUUGUUAACAGGCCAUCCACACCUGAAAAUUUUGCACAUGGCUUACAAUCGCCUACAGAGCUUCCCCGCGAGCAAAAUGGCCAAGCUGGAAGAGUUGGAAGAAAUUGAUAUUAGUGGGAACAAACUGAAAGCCAUUCCAACAACCAUCACGAACUGCAGACGUAUGCAUACUGUAAUUGCUCAUUCCAACUGCAUUGAAGUCUUCCCAGAAGUCAUGCAGCUUUCUGAAAUAAAGUGCGUGGACCUAAGCUGCAAUGAGCUGAGUGAAGUGACACUGCCUGAAAACUUACCUCCAAAACUACAAGAGCUGGACCUGACUGGAAAUCCCAGAUUAGCCUUGGAUCACAAGACUCUAGAGCUGCUGAACAAUAUCCGUUGCUUCAAGAUCGACCAGCCCUCAGGCGGCGAUGCCUCGGGAGCGCCGGCAGUGUGGAGCCAUGGUUACACAGAGGCGUCGGGCAUUAAGAACAAGCUAUGUGUGGCAGCACUGUCAGCCAAUAACUUCUGCGACAACCGGGAGGCACUUUAUGGUGUUUUUGAUGGUGAUCGCAAUGUGGAAGUGCCCUAUCUGCUGCAGUGCACAAUGAGUGACAUCUUAGCAGAAGAGCUGCAGAAAACAAAAAAUGAGGAGGAAUACAUGAUCAACACUUUCAUUGUUAUGCAGAGGAAACUUGGAACAGCUGGACAAAAACUUGGAGGCUCUGCUGUCCUUUGUCAUAUAAAACAUGAUCCCAUGGAUCCUGGUGGAUGCUUCACUCUAACCUCAGCAAAUGUGGGGAAGUGCCAAACUGUUCUCUGCCGGAAUGGGAAGCCUCUGCCUUUGUCCAGGUGUUAUAUGAUGAGUUGUGAAGAAGAGCUGAAGAGGAUUAAGCAACAUAAGGCCAUUAUCACAGAGGAUGGCAAAGUGAAUGGUGUGACAGAUUCAACAAGAAUCUUGGGGUACACCUUCCUUCACCCAAGCGUUGUGCCACGUCCUCACGUGCAGUCCAUCACCUUAACUCCACAAGAUGAGUUCUUCAUUCUGGGGAGCAAAGGGCUGUGGGACAGCCUCUCAAUGAAUGAAGCAGUGGAGGCAGUCAGAAAUGUGCCUGAUGCGCUGGCAGCUGCAAAGAAGCUUUGCACUUUGGCCCAGAGUUAUGGCUGCAAUGACAGUAUCAGCGCUGUUGUGGUUCAGCUCAACGUGACAGAGGACAGCUUUUGCUGCUGUGAACUUAAUGGGGUCCCACCCCCUAGCCCGGGCAUUUUCCCCCAGUCUGUCAAUGUGGUCAUCAAAGACAGGCCAACAGAUGCACUUGGGAUGCCAUCUUCAAGCAGCGGCAUGGCUUCAGAGAUCAGCAGCGAGAUCUCCACCUCUGAAAUGAGCAGUGAGGUGGGGUCCACAGCCUCCGAUGAGCCUCCCCAGGUAACCAUGAAUGAGAACAGUUCAGCCUACCCGGGGGAGCAGCGCUGCAUGCUGCAUCCUGUCUGCCUGUCCAGUUCUUUUCAGCGGCAGCUCUCCAGUGCCACUUUCUCCAGCGCCUUUUCUGACAAUGGCCUUGACAGCGAUGAUGAGGAGCCUAUUGAAGGGGUGUUCACCAACGGCAGCCGUGUGGAAGUGGAGGUAGACAUCCACUGCAGCAGAGCAAAGGAGAAACAGCUUCUUCAAGUGCCGAUGGAAGCCAGUGACGAAGGUAUCGUCAUCAGUGCCAAUGAAGAUGAGCCCGGCCUUCCCAAGAAAGCCGAAUAUUCUGCCACGGGCACAAUAGGGCGCUGGCGGGGCAAUGGUUCUGUGGCACCGCAAGAGAGGAGCCAUAACUUAAUUGAAGUUGCAGCAGAUGCUCCACUCAGAAAAACAGGGGGCUACUUUGCUGCUCCAGCACAGCCUGAUCCUGAUGACCAGUUUAUCAUCCCACCAGAGCUUGAAGAAGAAGUCAAGGAGAUUAUGAAACAGCACCAGGAACAACAGCAGCAACAGCGACAGUAUCCAAUGGACCACCUGGCAGACUAUUACGAUACACCACUAUGACCCACUCUAUUUACUGCUCAGAAGUAGACUAACAGAGACUUGAGUGCAGGACCGAGUGGGCUUGCA